AUGCGCACGACCCGUGCCGGCACAAUCUCGCCUGAUGACCGCAAAGUUCACGUUACACAAUCUGUUUCAACAAUAUUUCAAUUCAGGGCGAUUGACUGGGGCAUGGAACAUUGCGAAUUGCAUGUCGUCAUUCCGCCUAUGGACCGACCAACAACGCUUGCUUUAUAUCGCCUCAAUGCCACUGUACCAGUUGAUAUUUCAACGUUAUCAUUUAACGUACGACCGCCACGGGUCGCGAAACUUGAUAACAUUGUGCUAGGGCAAGACAGCUCGAACUGGUAUAGAAAACUUUCUUGUGUAACGGACGACGUCCUUGUUUUCGAGUUGGGAUGUUCGGAGGAUGAGUCAAGCGGUAGCUGCGAUAUAGAAUGGUGGCAGGCUCACAAGGACACUGCACCAGGUCAGUGCUCUACCACUCUGUGA